AUGACGUCUCUAACACGCCCUACCCCAUGCGGGUUACCACCGCUAUCUGGCCCAGCACCCCUUACAGACGACCAAUGGCUUGUAUUGAUGUCUAUAAUGGACACUGCACUGCCAUCCGUGCAGCGAAAUGUAUCCGACAAACUCGGUGUGGUUCAUCUGACCGAUAUCGAAUACGAUAGAGCCAUGAGUCAUCUCCGCCAAAAUACUGCUCUUGAUCUUUCAAACACUGCAGAAUUUGAUAGUUAUCUUGCUGAGAGACCGUCAGACCUACCGUUGUUUCAAGAUGUAUUGAAGAGAGUAAUUGCUGGGUUUCCUGAGGAUAAGCUGGCUUCUAUCCGCAUGAUAUUGUCAAUGAUGAACAACCGAGUCACUACAUUUCCUCUGACUGGGUAUUUUACCCCUUUCACAGACCUUUCUAUCCACGAUAGAACUUUGGUACUCCAUUCUUGGAGAAUUAGCUCACUGCCCUCUCUCCGUCUACUUUUCAAGCAAUUCACAGUCAUUGCCAGGCAUAUUUAUGUCCGUACCAGCUCACUAUUGAGUAACAUUUCCGGCUUUCCGUCGGUCCCACGAGAAUGGUCACCGGGCCGCACCUAUCCUUUCGAAUUCAUGCAAUUCCGUGGUUCUGAAUCCCCCAUCCAGCUGAACACAGACGUCAUUGUGGUGGGUUCAGGUUGCGGCGCCGGUGUCGUGGCCAGGAGCAUCGCCAACGCUGGUCAUAAAGUGAUUGUUGUCGACAAGGGAUUUCAUUUUCCCGCGUCAUCUAUGCCACUCAAUCAACAGGAGGCAUUCUUUCAUUUAUUCGAACAGGGAGGCUUGAUUGCGUCUGAGGAUGGGUCUACAACUGUCAUGGCCGGAUCUUGCUUCGGCGGGGGUGGAACAGUGAACUGGAGCGCAUCUCUACAGACCCAAAGCAUGGUGCGUAAUGAGUGGGCUGGAAAACUAGGCCUCAAGUUCUUCAACUCAGCCGAGUUCCAGGCUUGUCUUGACCGCGUGUCUGACCACAUGGGGGUGAGCGACAAGUUCAUUCGACACAACCAUGGGAAUUCCAUGCUGUUGGAUGGUGGACGGAAACUGGGCUUCAGCACAAAGGCCGUACCGCAAAAUACUGGUGGCUGUGAACAUGCCGAUGGCCACUGCGGAUUGGGUUGCUGGAAAGGGGAGAAGCAAGGCCCAGUAAACGGGUGGUUUCCGGACGCGGCAAAGUGUGGAGCAAAGUUCAUUGAAGGAUUCAACGUUGAGAAGGUAUUAUUCAGCAAUAGAAAAGGGAAUCGGAUUGCUGAUGGCGUUGUGGGAACGUGGACAUCGAGAAACACAGACGGUACAGUUGGAGGCCCGGCCAACGGGAGGGUUUCUCAAAAAGUAGUCAUAAAGGCGAAAAGGGUGGUCAUCUCUGCAGGAAGUCUGUGGAGUCCGGUUAUUUUGCAAAAGAGCGGGUUGAAGGUAAGUGGUAUCCUCACAUCUGUCAUAUCCAGUUUUGAAGACCUUGAUGGCAAAGGGCAUGGUGUCAAACUCGAGCGUGCCUCAAUGAUGCCUUCCGUUUGUUCCAUUUUCCUCAAUUGGACGUCAGGAUUCGAUUUCAAGGUACUCCUGUCCAAAUACCGCCACAUGGAGUCGCUCAUCGCCAUCGUUCGGGAUAGGGACAGUGGAUGCGUCUCCACUGAUCCUGUAAGUGGUGGUCCUCGCAUCACAUACACUCCUUCAGCUUUCGAUCGCCAUCAUAACAUGGUGGGAAUGGUUGCCUUGGCCAAAGUCCUCUAUAUUCAGGGCGCAGUUGAGAUCCAUCCUAGCCUACCUGGGCUUCGACCAUUUAUCCGCUCCGAACCAGAUCUUUUCACGGUCUCAAAGGUGGUCGAUCCUUCUAAAGCUCUUGUCCCCGAAGCGGGGAUUACAGAUGAGACAUUCCAGGCCUGGCUGAAAGAAAUGGAGUUGCACGGUAAUAGGGUUCCGGACACGCCCUUUGGAUCGGCGCAUCAAAUGAGUUCGUGUCGGAUGAGUUGCAGUGAACGGGAUGGCGUCGUCGAUGAACGUGGAAAAGUCUGGGGCUGCGAGGGAUUGUACGUUGCGGAUGCAAGUGUCUUACCCAGUGCAAGUGGCGUCAAUCCUAUGGUCACAAUCAUGGCGAUCUGUGACUGGAUAAGUUCGGGGAUUGUACGGGAAUUGGGUACGGAAGGAACAGAAGUUGCGAAGAUAUAA